AUGAACAUGGGUCGGUGUCUGCUAGAUGCCCUCAACUCCUCGGUCCUGCAGGAGGCAAGGGAGGUGCGGCUUGGGGCGGAGGGGGGAGAGGGCGGGGGAGGUAGGGGGGUGGGGGACGGAAUUGCGGGAGCGUUAAGACGGGAGUUAGGGAGGGUCUCCGCAAGCAGUGGCGGCAGAGGCAGCAGCAGCAGCGGCGGCGGCAGUGAGAAUGAGUAUGGAUUAGAGGGGGUGUCAGGGGGUGUCAGGUUAUUGGUGGCGUCUCUGAACGCGGCUCUCGUGCAUAACCUGUCAGUGGCAGUGACAGGCAACAUGAGUGCAGUGCGCGUGAGUGUGGGCCAUGACGUCACACAUGCUGCCAUGGGUGUCAAACUACCGCCCAUCAACGCCACCUCUGCCGCUUCUCCUGCUGCUGCUCCUGCGGCGCCCACGUCGCCAGGAGCUCGAACCCCUGAUGCAGGCGAGGCCACCAGUGCAACCAACAGCAGCAGCAGCAAUGGCGCAUCAGACACCCACGUGCACAUAGUCCGUCUGAUGAUCGAUGAGAAGCAGAACAACAGCGACAAUGCGGGGGUAGACCGAGCAAUGGUGGACAUCUACACGCUCGCGCUCUUCUCCGACGCCCUCAUCAUCUCCGAGCGAGCGCCGCCGGAGCCAUGCCUGCACUUCCCGCCGGCGAAUGAGCGCUGUCCGGACGGGCAGGCGCAGGUGAUGGAGCAGGUGGUAGCUGCGGACCCACAUGUGCCACUCAUGCACUGCGUGGAUGUGAAGAGAGGGAUUACAUUGAAGCCUCUGGAAGGGUGGGAGUCAGACUCAUGA